AUGAAUCAAAGCAUUCCAGAUUUUAUUCACAAGUUCCACUCGGUGACGGACAAGAGGUCACACAACAACGAGUGUGGAGAGAACAGCGUCACAAUAGUCACCGAAAAGAAGAUAGAAGAUGACUCCUCAGACUCAUCCAGUGGAGAGAAUGUUGAGAUUGAAGAUAAAUCACUCCCGCUAGUCCAGCCUGCGUUGGUAUCAUCCGAAGAAGGCCACGCAGCCCAAUGUUCCUGCCCAAACUGUGAUGAACUGAUCUCACGUUUCUCAGAGUGCAGUAUAUGCUUGGAACCUUUACAAUGCUGUGGACCCUGCGUAUGUCCCUGGUGUGGAGGUGUCUGGUGUGGAAGAUGUUCCCGGCGCAUGUCCAGGUGUGCCUGGUGCAGGGGAGCUCUCAGAUCGCCAGCACUACCCUGUCUGGCGCUGCAGCGACUCAUCAACGAAUUGAUGCUGCCGUGUCGGAACUAUAGACGCGGAUGUACAGAGCUCCUCACUGCUGUGACCAGAGUCAAGCAUGAAGAAGACUGCAAAUUCGACACCAUGGUCUGCCCCAUCACAGCCGGCUGCUGCACAGUUCCUUUCGAAGAACUCUCAUCACAUUUACAAAAGACCCACAACAUCAUCGCGGUCUACUCACAGAAGAUCAAGAUUCUCAUAGAAAACUUCCAAACAAAGCUGAAGAAGACAGCGUGCUGCCGAACAAAGUACAAGAUCAUACUGCUGCACCAAAAGAGCGCUUUCAUCAUCAAAGUAUGCAUCUACAACUACCACGUAAGAGUUGAAGUGAUGAGGAGGAAACUCGGAUACAUUGCUGAUGUAAAGUCAGAGACAAAGAAAAGCGAAUACUGCGCUUUAAUCGAAUUCCAAAGCAAAGCUCUUUGCACAAAAUCAGCUAUUCUCAUAGAAAACGAGGCUUAUGGUAAGAAAGCUGAAGUACAAUGGAACGACGUUGUAAUGAAAUCUGAUACCGAUGAAGCCAUCACAAUCCACGUAAAUAUCGGUAAAUCAGACGCUGAUCUAAUGAGGAAAGACUAUGCAGAAUCUUGA